GAUAUUAUGGUAUGUAGACAUGGCAUCCAGCAGUCGAGGCAGAUGGAUGUCAACAGAAGAUACUUAUUUGAUACUUUAUGGUUCUAAUGUGUAGAUCUAAUGUACCUGCAGAUACAUUCGGACAUCUCGCGGGAUUUCGGGCUCUCUGUCGUCGAUAUUGUGUGUAUAUAUAUUUGUAUUUCUCGUUUAAGCAGUAUAUGCUAGUAGUUUCAUAACUGGUUCGGAUUGAUUUAGUGGAGCUCAGCAAUCCAUGAUGUAAACAGGAUUAAGCCAACACCGCCAUCAUGCCCGGUGAGGAUAAACCACCACAACAGACCCGCCAGAGGAAAAAGAACAAAAAGUCCCGCUCCAAGGGGAAGAGCCCGGGUGGGAGUCCCAGUGCUUGCCUGGGAGGCGCCAUAGACGGCCAAGAUGACCUCAUCUUACCCCCAGUGCUCCAGCCUCCGCCUAAAAAGCUGGCGGAGGUGAAGCCGAAAGUAUCGGUUGCCAAAGUGGAAGAGGAGUCCUCCAUUGCUAUCUGUCUUCAGGUGCUUUUCCCCUACCUGCUGGCUGGGAUGGGCAUGGUGAUGGCCGGCAUGGUGCUGGAUGGUGUACAGCAUUGGACGGUGUUUAAGGUGAUAACAGAGGUGUUCAUCCUGGUGCCUGCGCUGGUGGGACUCAAAGGAAACCUGGAGAUGACCCUGGCUGCUCGACUCUCCACUGCUGCCAACACUGGCCAAAUGGACGACCCUGAUAAACAAUGGACCAUGGUGUGCAGCAAUCUGGCACUGAUACAGGUUCAGGCGACGGUGGUGGGCUUCCUCGCGGCAGUGGCCGCCGUGUGUUUGGGGUCGUUUUCUAGAGGGGGGAUUGAACUGGACCAGGCAGCUGUCCUCUGUGCCAGCAGCAUCACUACGGCCUUUGUAGCUGCUCUUUCCUUAGGCCUGGUGAUGAUUGGAGUGAUCAUCGGCUCCAGGAAGGUGGGGAUCAACCCCGACAACGUGGCCACCCCCAUCGCUGCCAGUCUGGGGGAUUUGAUCACCUUGUCCCUGCUGGCUGGGGUCAGCAGCACACUCUAUGAAUAUAAAGAUAUAUGGUACCUGUCGCCCGUGGUGAUUCUGGUCUUCCUGGCUCUGAUCCCGCUGUGGGUGGUGGUGGCCCGACAGAGCCCGCAGAUCAGCGAGGUUCUCCGCUCAGGCUGGCAGCCUGUUAUAGUAGCCAUGUCCAUUAGCAGUUUUGGAGGCCUUAUACUGGACAAGACAGUGAGUGAUCCCAACUUUAAGGGCAUGGCUGUCUUCACGCCCGUCAUUAACGGUGUGGGGGGUAACUUGGUGGCCAUCCAGGCCAGUCGGAUCUCCACCUACCUGCACUUCUGGAGCAUCCCAGGGGUGCUGCCGUACAAGAUGAGGCAGCACUGGCCCAAUCCUUGCAUCACCUUCUUCUCCUCAGGAGUGAACUCCAAGUCAGCGCGGGUGCUUCUGAUGCUGGUUGUCCCCGGUCACCUGGUCUUCCUCUACGCCAUCUCUCUGCUGCAGGGAGACGAGGUGCCUAUCGGUGUAGCCUUCGUAAUCUGCUACCUGUGUGCUGCUCUGCUGCAGGUGGCCAUCCUCCUUUACUUUGCCGACCUCAUCAUCCGUGUGAUGUGGAGACGGAGCCUGGACCCUGACAACUUCUCCAUCCCCUACCUGACCGCCCUGGGGGACCUGCUGGGCACCGGCUUUCUGGCCCUCUGCUUCCGCGGCGUCUCACUGUUUCAGAGCCUCGGCCUCUGAACGUUUACCCCCUGAACUCCUGGCCAGCCACGGUCUCGCUGCUACAAGUUUUUUUUUUUUUUUUUUUUUUUUACAUUUCCACAGAGAUGCUUUUAAAUUGGACAAUAAAGCCUUUUCUGAUGGUUAUCACUGCGCCAGUCCAGAAGAAUCUGUCUGUGUCACUAAUUCAAACCUCGGGGAGACGGCACAGGUUACACCCACCCAUUUAUACCCAUCCAUGUGUGUGAAGCGUUUGCUGCAUGAUCAAUCUAAUUAUUUUUAUUUGAGAGCUAAAUCAUUUAAAAUGAUGUAGACGUUUUAGAUAUCUGUCCCGUCAGUAUGAUUAACUUUAUUUUGUAAUCAUUCCUCUAUAUGUCUUUUAGUUUUCCUGCAUUAAGUAAACGUGAGUUUGGUGGCUCUGUGCUCGCCUCUUCUCUCAUCUCAUCUCAUCGGCGUCAUCAGAGAAAUAGUUAGCCACUUCAAAGCAGCGAGACUGAACAGUUGGUCUGUUUGUGGACAUUUGUUUGAAUGUGGGUAGAUCAAACGGACUUAAAGCUGCCCAUGAUUGAGUGGCCUGUACUAUGCAUUAAUGAUAGAGGUUGAUGCAUGUUGUACACCAACUGGAAUUUUCAUGGAUGUACAGUAUGUCCAACAUAUGUUAGGUAGAAUUAAUUCAGACGAAAGGUACUGAUUUAGUUUUCAUGCAAAUCAGGUCACAUACCGUUAACGCACAGGGGAAUGUUUCUGAAUAUUGUACUUUUAUGAAUCUUUUCUUAAGAUUUUCUGCAAAUGUAGUUUUGGAGCUAGCGUAACGGCAAACAGACAGAAUGGGGUAAUUGAUAUAUGCAUGGCCAAAGGCAAAUGGCAUGGCUGCACCAUGGGAACACUAUGAUUGGGAGGAUGGCACCAUCAGUAGGCGUGGUAGGAGUUUUGUUUUAGUCACGAGCAGUGGAAUCAUCUCUCAGACAGUCUCAGCAUAGAGAAAAAAAAAAUGAUUGUGAAUUUUUUGCAAAUCAAUGUAAAAGAAAGAAAAAAGAACACAGCAGUGAAUUAAUGCAGGAGACUACAAGUAUUUGUUUUCACUCGUCAGUUCAGGUUUAUGUGUUGAUAUCUACUAUUAAGCUGCAGAGGAUCUUGGGUAUUCCCUCACUACUUGAUACUAACAGCCCCUUUAAUGGAAGGUCCACAAAGCCUUACUGUUCAGUGUGACGUUGUCAGAACUAAAAAAAAACAACUCAUCAUUACAGCAGUGAACGCAUAUACGUGAACAUGCUAUUCUCAAAGGUGUGUUCGGACGGAAAGCAAACCCCCAUUUUGGCCUUGUGUCAUUCACACGAAUUUCAUCGCUACAAAACAAAUGCAUAAAGCCCUGGAAUGCACUCAUAUUUUUUGGUGAAGUUCAAACAUUUUUAACUCACUUUGACUCACAUUCUGUCUGAGCUUUUGGGAGAGGGACGGAGAAAUGUGUGUUUUGAGUGUGAGAAGAUCUCUGUUAGGAUCUACCUAAUGAAAUCGACUAGGCCUGCGGGUAAUGCGUGUAUGGUGAAGCCUAAAUUUCCAAGGCAACCUCAGUGAUUUGACCGCGAUUAACCAAACGAAAACAUGCGAUAUCAACUGGCUAGUUAUCGUCCAGACAGCGACGGACAACAUGUCUUUUUCUUUCUGUCUUUUCCACUGGGUGGCGCGUGGCGUGAAGCAUGAGUCUGAUAACUUUAGACAACAUAGGGAACGAAGCAGGUCGGGAUUUGUGAGUCUUUCUCUUGCGAUUUUAUUUAUAUUUGGGGGGGGGGGCAGUCACGUGUUUGGGAUAUGACGGGAGUAUUUUGGUUGGCUCGAGAUGGGGUGGGAUGGAUUGAUUGAUUCCCGUGUCACCCUCUGGUCUGAACACACAGUAACACUUGUCAUUACCUCAACAUUAUAAAAAAUAUGCAUUAUUUCAUCUUACACAAACACACAAACUAUUACAAUUAGUUGGGAUAAAAACCUUAAACGGCAAAAGCCUAUAAUCUGAAGUAAACUGGCUAUCUCUCUAUCGUUGCUAUGUACAGUAUAUGAGAUUAAUCUCAAAGAUUCACUAUUCUUAAAAAAGCGUGUAUAAAUGCACUCAUGAAGUCACAUGCAACAUUUUGCAGUUUGCUGUUAUUAGUAAUACCUGUUUUAGAGACAAAUCUCGUAAACACUGAAAUCUAAGGCAUUUCUAAAAACAGUCUUUUCUGUAAUUGAUCUCUAAUGUUAAGGUAUUUCAGUGUUAAUAUUGCUUUGCUAAAAGCUUUUAUUGUGACACUGUCACACAGUACUUUCUACACUAGAAGGUAAUGAAAUAUAGAUACGUACUUAUUGAAUCACAGUUUAUUUCACUCAAUCGUACUGAAAUCUAUGUGUUAACUGUGAUACUGUGAGAACUAGACCACAGCUAAGGUUGUGUUUUACCAGCACAUACUGUACAUGUGUCUUAAUCAGUACGGCUGGACGAUAUAUCAUAAAUCUUUAUUAUUAUAAAUGAUCCCUGUUUAUUGCGUUGUCUCACUUCUGAUGUUUGUCUUAAUCACAGACGGACCAGUGAAAUAUUCUAGACUUAUCUAGACUUAUCGGUUGGUUUGGUUUGGUUAGCUGUCAUAUAAUAGUUAUUCAAAGGAAUAGUUCAGUGUUUUGAGAAAUACAUUUAAUUACUUUAUUGCCAAAACUUAAAUAAGAAUAUAGUAGGAGGUCGGUAUCAUCUUCUUAUCUAAUUCUUGGCGAGAACGUUUCCCAAAACUGUUGGAACUAUGUCCCUAAAAACUGUGGUUUAUCAUCCAGCCCUAUUAAGAAUUUAAAAGAGUGAUAGCAAAAUACCUGAUUGUAAAUUGCACCAUUUUUUUAACAGUAGUCUAAGGUUGCCUUGAAAACAAAGUUAUUGUCAACCGUCUAAUGUAAAAUCUCCUCACCCCUCACCAUGUCGGUCAACAAAUUGUAGCUUUAUUUAAAUGUUGAAAAAGUCUUUACUCUUUUGCUGUCUGUUGGCUCGACUUUGUACUGUACUUCAAUGUUGACACUGCCACAUUUUGACUUUAGGGGCUUUUAAAAUGCCUUCAUUUUCUAAUCCUGUUGUGUUCACUGUCACCUGAGCUUCCAUGUAUGCUGUGUCUUGUGUGUGUAUUAAGAUGGUGUGGAAGUGUGGAUUCAAAAAUGUGACAAGUGUUUGGUGAGUGUUUAUGUGAUUUUGUGGCUAUGAACAGUUAUAUUUUAAUAAAAAUCAACAGUGUAAUGAUGUA